UAUUCUGUAGUAAAGAUUCAGUUCAGUCACCUUUUAGACAACUCCCUGUAAACAAUACUCACAAUUAAUGCUGCUCCAGGAGCGCAGGAAUUCCUUUGAUGAGCUCUAAGAGAUUGGUAACAAUACCUACUAAAGGGCCACGUUGCUAGGUAACAGCUUGUUUCCUUGGUCAUAGUGAAUCCAUGGAAGACCCCCAGAAGUGGCCAGUUCUCCUCUCCCCUCCUGGGAAUGAGAUGAAAAAUGUCUUCAGAACAAUAGCUUUCUCAGAGCGAGAGGAAAGUUUUUUCACCUGCAAGACAUGUCUGAAAGCUCCUCAAAUCAAAACACAAGUAGUCAAGAGAUUUGUCAAUCGAAUUCAUCAUACUACUCUGACCUAAGUGAGACUCACACUCUGUCAGCUCUGUCAAGGCACAGAAGAACAUUAUAUUCACAUUCGGAUUCUGGAAUAUCAUCCUCACUUCCAUCAGAUUCUUGUAAGUACCUCACUUGGAACAAGAUAGAACAACAUGACAUUCAAGGAAGUCAGCUGCAUUGCCCAAGAGUAAGAGAAGGACCCUCUGAAGAAGAGUUGCCUUUCAGACAAGUGAGGUGUACCUUGCCUCCAAAGAGAAGAAUCCUUGAAAAAACCAAACGGGAAACAUGGCUGCAAGAAAACUGGGAAGACUGCAUGAAUUUGAACAUAUCAUUUCAAGAUUUGGGGGAUCCUUAUCAAGUUGAAAAUUUUAAAAGGAUUCUUAGAAGAUUAAUUCGAGUUGAAACCCUCUGGUUAAUGGACAAUUCACUGGUGGAUCUAAGUGCCAUAAGAUUGCCGAGCUGCAGAAUUUUAAAUAUGAACAAAAACUAUCUCACAUCUUUCAAACAAUUGCCAAAGAUACCUCGGAUACAGCAUUUAUCCCUGGCUGAAAACCACAUCGAGACCCUGGCUGGACUCUCCAGUUUACAGUGCACCCCAUUAGAAUCCCUUAUACUCACAAGGAACCCUUGUGAGUUUCACCAAAAUUAUAGAAAAAGGUGUACCAUUGCUGAUAUUUUGCUCCAGCAAUGGUAUUUGGAUUUAUGGUCCAGGAGGAUUCAGUCCCUGGUCACAGGCUUCAAAGCAGAAACAUCACGGCCAAAGAGCAUGGUGGAGCAAACCUGCUUAGUUCACGUUGCUUGGGAAGCAAAACAAGGGAAGAGUGCAGGAGAGGAUAAAACCAGGGUGUUCUCCUGCUUGCCAAACUUAAAGAUGCUGGAUGGGAUCUUGAAGCUACCAGAAGACUGUUCAUCACCAAAACCCAAGCAGCGGGCAAGCUUCCAGAAUAAAGGUUCACCACUGAUAUAUGGGGCCUGCAGUGACCAUUAUAAGGAGGAGAGCCAGUUAUCCUCCAGAAGACAUAUAGUGAGAGAGAAGACGGCUGUGUUAUCAGUCUUUGGGAUUUCAUGUUGUUACACUGUAGCCUCACCUCCCCAGUCAACACUGUAAAUGUGGGGACUGCAACAAGCCUUGUUUAAUUACAUGCCUCCAUACCUCAGAAAUAACAUAGCAAAACCACAAAAUGGUGAAUAUGGAUAAAUGGCUAUUGUAUAAAAUCAUUAAUGGUUAGCAGAACACAACUACUAGAGUUUAUGUGAAAAUUAGAAAAACCCUAAUUAGGGUAAUAGAAUUGGAAGUAGAAGUUAUGAGGGAAUGGAAACUUGGGGAGUUAUGAUAGCCAAUAAGGCUUUUAUUGUUUAAGCUAGCUUAAAUUUGGUUUUCUGUAACUUGCAGGCGAAAAAAAUUCUGACAAGAAAAAUCAUGAGUUUCAUAUAGAGAGGAUUAGAGGUGCUGGGUUGCUGCACUUGACUCUGAGAAAGAAUGGCUAUGCUCACUAGGGAGAGUCUCAGUGUGUACAUAAAUAUUCCUCAGAGGCAGCCUGCCCCAAUGCUGCGAUCUCCUAUUCUAUUCUGAACAGGUACAGGCUCUCAGGAAGUGUGGCCAAAAGGGGUUGAUUUAAGGUGUUGAUGCUUCUCUACACCAAAGGGCAAUUUAGUAGAGGAAGGUCUAUGAACUGAAUAACAUCAGACCUAAAAUUUAGUCUUCCCCCCUAGCUGUAGUGGUGGGAAUUUCA